UGAGCAAUGGCCGUGUUCAACGAAAGCCAUGCCACCCCCGCCUCCUUCAUCCUGCUGGGUAUCCCUGGCCUGGAAGCAUCUUACCACUGGCUCUCCAUCCCUCUCUCGUCGAUGUAUCUGAUGACGCUGCUGGGAAAUUGCACCAUCUUGUACACCGUCAAAACGGAGCAGAGCCUCCACAAGCCCAUGUACAUCUUCCUCUGCAUGCUGGCCGCCAUAGACCUGGUCUUGUCCACUUCCACCCUGCCCAAGGUACUCUGCAUCGUCUGGUUCCGAGCUGGUGAAAUAGAUUUCAAUGCCUGCAUGGUCCAGAUGUUCUUUAUCCAUUCCUUCUCCGUCAUGGAGUCAACUGUGCUCGUGGCGAUGGCCUUUGACCGCUACGUGGCUAUUUGCAACCCUUUGAGAUAUGACUCCAUACUAACCAACCCAUUGCUGGCCAAGAUUGGCUCAGUGGUGGUCCUGAGGGGCACGGUCUUCAUCACCCCGAUUAUCAUCUUGGCGGCACGUCUUCCAUACUGCAAGACCAACGUCAUUGUUCACACCUACUGUGAGCACAUGGCCGUGGUGAAGCUGGCGUGCUCAAGCAUCAUUGCCAACAUUGUGUACGGGCUUCUUGUGGCUCUCCUGGUGGUGGGAGUGGAUUUGCUGUUCAUCACCUUGUCCUACUGCAUGAUUGCCAGGGCGGUCAUGGCUCUGCCCUCAAGAGAUGCCCGCUACAAAGCCUUCAGCACCUGUGCGGCUCACGUCGUGGUGAUUCUGGUGUCCUACACCCCGGCUCUUUUCACCAUAUUAACCCACCGAUUUGGCCAUCAUGUGUUACCUCACGUUCACAUUCUCCUGGCCAACUUCUACCUCCUCUUUCCUCCCAUGCUGAAUCCCAUUGUGUAUGGGGUGAAGACCAAGGAGAUCCGUGACCGAGUGACCCACAUAGUUCUCAGGAGAAAGCGCCUUGCAUGA